AUGACUCAAGACGGGCCUUUGCUGGCGGUGCGGGAGGCCCUGAAGAAGUGCUUUCCGGCGGUGGAGGAGCAGCAGGGCCUGUGGCAGAGCACCCUGAGGGACUGCCCGCCCCUCCUGGCCUCCCUCAGCAACCUGGCCGAGCAGCUGCAGGCGGCGCAGAACCUGCGGUUUGAGGAUGUGCCGGCGCUCCGGGCCUUCCCGGGUUUACAGGAGCGGCUGAGGCGCAAGCAGCUGGAGGCCGGGGACACCGUCCUGGACCAGCUGGGAGAGCGGCUAGCUGCCCUCCUCAAGGUGCGUGAUGCUGUCAGCAGCCACGUGGGACAAGUGCUUCAGGUCUACGAGCAGCACGCAGACGCCAUCGGCAUUGACGCUGUCCUGCAGGCUUCGGCGGCGAGCCCCUCUGUGGCUGACAUGUUGGAAUGGCUGCAAGACAUUGAGAGACAUUAUCGAAGUUCGUACCUGAAGAGAAAGUACCUCCUGUCCUCAAUCCGUUGGGAAGACCUGGCAAGCAUCCAAGCCUUGCCUGCAGCCUGGGAUCGGAUUUCGGAAGAUGAGCACCCAGACUUGGUACCAGACAUCCUGCUGACUGUGUCCUUCUUCCUGGAAGAGUAA